GCCAGGAUGGCAGAGGACCGGGAGUCCACCCAGCUCUGCAAGUUGCCUGCGCAGCCCUCGCAUCCGCACUGUAUCAACAACACCUACCGCAGUGCGCAGCACUCCCAGGCCCUGCUGCGGGGGCUGCUGGCCCUGCGUGACAGUGGGAUUCUCUUCGAUGUCGUCCUGGUGGUGGAGGGGAAGCACAUUGAGGCCCACCGCAUCCUGCUGGCUGCGUCCUGCGACUACUUCCGAGGGAUGUUUGCUGGGGGACUGAAGGAGAUGGAGCAGGAGGAAGUGCUGAUCCGCGGCGUGUCCUACGAUGCCAUGUGCCAGGUCCUGCACUUCAUAUACACCUCCGAGCUCGAGCUCAGCCUGAGCAACGUGCAGGAGACGCUGGUGGCCGCCUGCCAGCUUCAGAUCCCAGAGAUCAUCCAUUUCUGCUGUGACUUUCUCAUGUCCUGGGUGGACGAGGAAAAUAUUCUUGACGUGUACCGGCUGGCAGAGCUGUUCGACUUGAGCCGCCUGACCGAGCAGCUGGACACCUACAUCCUCAAGAACUUUGUGGCCUUCUCACGGACUGACAAGUACCGCCAGCUCCCCCUGGAGAAGGUCUACUCCCUCCUCAGCAGCAACCGCCUGGAGGUGUCCUGUGAGAGCCAGGUCUAUGAGGGCGCCUUGCUCUACCACUACCCGCCGGAGCAGGUGCAGGCUGACCAGAUCUCGCUGCAGGAGCCCCCCAAGCUCCUGGAGACCGUGCGCUUCCCACUGAUGGAACCUGAAGUCCUGCAGCGGCUCCACGACAAGCUGGAUCCGAGCCCGCUGCGAGACACGGUGGCCAACGCCCUCAUGUACCACCGGAACGAGAGCCUGCAACCCAGCCUGCAGGGCCCACAGACGGAGCUGCGGUCGGACGUCCAGUGCGUCGUGGGCUUUGGGGGCAUUCACUCCACGCCCUCCACGGUGCUGAGCGACCAGGCCAAGUACCUGAACCCCCUGCUGGGAGAGUGGAAGCACUUCACCGCCUCUCUGGCACCCCGCAUGUCCAACCAGGGCAUCGCGGUGCUGAACAACUUUGUGUAUUUGAUUGGCGGGGACAACAACGUGCAAGGGUUUCGUGCCGAGUCCCGGUGCUGGAGGUAUGACCCACGGCACAACCGCUGGUUCCAGAUCCAGCCCCUGCAGCAGGAGCACGCCGACCUGUGUGUGUGUGUCGUGGGCAAGUAUAUCUACGCCGUGGCGGGCCGCGACUACCACAACGACCUCAAUGCCGUGGAGCGCUACGAUCCCGCCACCAACUCCUGGGCCUAUGUGGCCCCACUCAAGAGGGAGGUGUACGCCCACGCGGGCGCAGCCCUGGACGGGAAGAUGUACAUUACCUGUGGCCGCCGCGGGGAGGACUACCUGAGGGAGACUCACUGCUAUGACCCAGGCAGCAACACCUGGCACAGCCUGGCAGACGGGCCCGUGCGGCGGGCCUGGCACGGCAUGGCCACCCUGCUCAACAAGCUGUACGUCGUCGGCGGCAGUAACAACGAUGCUGGCCACCGGAGGGACGUGCACCAGGUGGCCUGCCUCAGCUGCGCUUCUGGCCAGUGGUCCUUGGUCUGCCCUCUCCCGGCUGGGCACGGCGAGCCCGGCAUGGCCGUGCUGGACAACAGGAUCUACGUGCUGGGCGGCCGCUCACACAACCGUGGCAGCCGCACGGGCUACGUGCACAUCUACGACGCAGAGAAGGACUGCUGGGAGGAGGGGCCGCAGCUGGACAACUCCAUCUCGGGGCUGGCCGCCUGCGUGCUCACCCUGCCCCGCUCUCUGCUCCUCGAGCCGCCCCACGGGACCCCCGACUGGAACCCCGACCGCAGCCAGGCCGACCCCGACUUCGCCUCGGAGGUGAUGAGCGUGUCUGAUUGGGAGGAGUUUGACAACUCCAGCGAGGACUAAGCCCCAGGGCCAGGUUCCGAGGGCGGGGGGGUGGGAGCUUCGGGG